CUGCCACUUCGGUGUGUGAGAAGCAUGCGAAACCAGUCCGACGACACGCGCAACAACUUGGAUAAGCGGACGGCACGCACGCGUCACGCCGAGUGGUUCAAGAAAGGCAUCGAACACCUGCGCGCAGAGUACCUGACUCGUACCAACGAAGCACCUCGCUCCUUUCUCCAUUCGGUCCAAGUGUAUGCUCGAAUCCGCCCAAUGUUGGAACAUGAAGUUGCACGAGGAGAAUACACGACGCUCACGUGCGUGGGACCAAACACAGUGGCCGUCCACAAUUGCCUCAUGAAGCCGGACAUGGUGCACAAGUACAUUGACACACAGGUUCACGAAUUCAGCCGCGUGUUUGACGAGGCGACACCGACGGCUACCGUAUACGAAGCUGUCGCUCGCCCCCUCGUCCAACAUGUCCUUUCAGGCGGCGAAUCCGUAUGCAUGAUGUACGGGCAAACGGGAUCUGGGAAAACUCACACCAUGACUGGAUUUCUCGCCGACAUGGGACGGGACCUCAUGGCGCUGUCGACGUCCAUUCAAAUGACGGCGGUGGAGUUGGUCGGAUCGAAAUGCGUUGAUCUUCUGCAUGAUCGCACCAAGGUGCUUAUUUGCGAAUCAGAGGAAGACCAAGCGAUACAUUUGGUGCACUCCCAGAGCAAAGUUGCGACGUCUGUGGCGGAGUUACUCGCACUCUUUCAUGAAGCCGUGAGCCGUCGCGCCACUGAGUCAACACAGGCUAACACAGUGUCGUCGCGGUCACACUUGAUUGUGUUCCUCAAACUAGUUGGCGCUGGGCCGCCUAGUGAUGGCGGGCAAAUGGUUUUGUUGGAUUUGGCUGGAAGUGAGCGCAAGGAAGAUCAAUUCACCAAUGACAAGCAGCGCCAGCAAGAGACAAUUGAGACCAACAUGAGCCACCUCGCACUCAAGCAAUGCCUUUUGGCCAAAGAGAAUAACAGCCACGUGCCAUAUCGCAACAGCGCCUUGACUCGCAUCCUGAAAAACAGCCUGUGGGCCGCCCACAAGUCGUGCCAAGCUGCUGUCGUUGUCACGGCAUCACCCAUUCCCGCAGACACGGAGCACACAAUGUGCUCGUUGUUGAAUGCGCGCCGCAUGGUGGAAGUGAAUCCGACGGUGGUGCAAACGGUCUUUGAGAUUACUGAAACCUCGGAAGCGAAACCAAUCAAGUUGUUCAAGUCGUUCUCGCAUGCCGACGUUCAAAAGUGGCUAGGGGCAGUUUCGCAUGGUGAGCUUGAGGCAUACGUGGACAACAUCAAACCAGCCAUCACUGGCGCCGCGUUGUUGCGCUUUCCUCCCGCACGGCUCACGCAGUUGUGCAAUGGACAUGCUGGACAUGCCAAGCUACUCCUGCACGCCAUGAAGGACUACAUCGCAAAAGAGAACGAAGAACGCGCUCGAGAGCGUGAUAUGCGCCGUGCCAACCUCGGCACGAAAUUUUAAGCCUUUGAAUGACAUGUUCAUGUGGUUCACCUUCUUCAAA